UGAGUCACGGCGGGGGGAGCGGAGGAGGCGGGCCGUGACCCUGAACGGGGUGGGCUCUAGGACCCGCCUCGGGCUCCCAGUAGGGGGACCCCACUGCGCACCCCUGUCCCGCGCGCACCAGCUGCACCAGCCGCGGCCCGAGACACCGCGCGCUGCAACCGUGCUUUGGGUGGCCGCAGGGUGCACCCGGGCGACAUCGCUCGCUGCGACCUGCGCGUCGCUCAGCAUGACUCCCGGGGCGCCGCUCCUGCGCCUGCUGGCGGCUGUCUCCGCAGCAGCAGCGGUGGCAGGCGCGCCCGGGACCGCGCUGCCUCCCACCACGGGCGACGCCACCCUGGCCUUCGUCUUCGAUGUUACUGGCUCCAUGUGGGAUGACCUGAUGCAGGUGAUCGACGGUGCCUCGCGCAUUCUGGAGCGCAGCCUGAGCAGCCGCAGCCAGGCCAUCGCCAACUACGUGCUGGUGCCCUUCCACGACCCAGAUAUUGGCCCAGUGACCCUCACCGCCGACCCAGCGGUGUUCCAAAGGGAGCUGAGAGAACUCUACGUGCAGGGAGGUGGCGACUGCCCAGAGAUGAGUGUGGGGGCCAUCAAGGCUGCCGUGGAGGUUGCCAACCCCGGCUCCUUCAUCUACGUCUUCUCUGAUGCCCGCGCCAAGGACUAUCACAAGAAGGACGAGCUCCUGCAGCUGCUGCAGCUCAAGCAGUCACAGGUGGUCUUUGUGCUGACGGGGGACUGUGGUGACCGCUCCCAUCCUGGUUACCUGGCCUAUGAAGAGAUUGCCUCCACCAGCUCUGGACAGGUGUUUCAUCUGGACAAGCAGCAAGUAACAGAGGUGCUAAAGUGGGUGGAGUCAGCGAUCCAGGCCUCCAAGGUGCACCUGCUGUCCACAGACCAUGAGGGGGAAGGCGAGCACACAUGGCGGAUCCCCUUUGACCCCAGCCUGAAGGAGGUCACCAUCUCACUGAGUGGGCCAGGGCCAGAGAUUGAAGUCAGGGACCCACUGGGGAGGAUCCUGCAGAAGGACGAGGGCCUCAAUGUGCUGCUUAAUAUUCCUGACUCAGCCAAGGUUGUGGCCUUCAAGCCUGAGCAUCCAGGGCUCUGGUCCAUCAAGGUCUAUAGCAGUGGCCGUCAUUCAGUGAGAAUCACGGGCAUCAGCAACAUUGACUUCCGAGCCGGCUUCUCUACACAGCCCUCCCUGGACCUCAACCACACCAUCGAGUGGCCCUUGCAAGGGGUGCCCAUCUCCCUGGUGAUCAACUCUACGGGUCUGCAGGCACCCGGUCAUCUUGACUCAGUGGAGCUCUCCCACAGCUCAGGGCGGCCCCUCCUGACUUUGCCCACACAGCCCCUCUCCAAUGGAUCCACCCAUCAGCUGUGGGGUGGGCCACCCUUCCAUGCUCCCCAGGAGCGCUUCUAUCUCAAGGUGAAAGGCAAGGACCAUGAAGAAAACACCUUCCUCCGUGUCUCUGGAGUUUCCUACAGUGGGGUGGCCCCAGGCGCCCCUCUGGUCAGUAUGUCCCCCAGGAUCCAUGGCUACCUGCACCAGCCCCUGCUGGUCUCAUGCUCUGUGCACAGCGCCCUCCCCUUCCGGCUGCAGCUAUGGCGGGAUGGAACCAGGCUGGGCGAGGAACGGCACCUUCAGGCAUCGGGAAACAGCAGCUGGGAGAUCCCACGGGCCUCCAAGGUGGAGGAAGGCUCAUAUGAGUGCACGGCAGUCAGCAGGGCUGGCACUGGACGAGCAAAGGCCCAGGUUGUGGUCACAGACCCUCCACCACAGCUGGUCCCUGGCCCCAGUGUGACUGUGUCCCCGGGAGAGACUGCCAUCCUGUCCUGCCAAGUCCUGGGUGAAGCCCCCUACAACCUGACAUGGGUCCGGGACUGGCGAGUCCUGCCAGCCUCGGAGGGCCGAGCCACCCAGCUGGCCAACCUGUCCCUGGAGAUCAGAGGCAUCAUCCCCAGUGAUGGCGGGCAGUACCAGUGUGUGGUCAGCAACACCAAUGGGGUCACAAGGGCGUCCACCUGGCUCCUAGUGCGAGAGACUCCAAAGGUCAGCAUUGAUACCAGGUCCCAGCGCUUCUCCCAGGGCAUGGAGGUGAAGGUCAGCUGCUCAGCCACAGGGUACCCUGCACCCCAUAUCUCCUGGAGCCGUGAGGGCCUUGCCCUGCAAGAAGAUAGCAGAAUCCAUGUGGAUACCCAGGGAACCCUAAUCAUUCAGGGCGUGGCCCCAGAGGAUGCUGGGAAUUACAGCUGCCAGGCUGCUAAUGAAAUGGGCACAGAUGAGGAGACUGUCACCCUCUACUAUACAGAUCCCCCAUCUGCCUCUGCUGUAAAUGCUGUGAUGCUCACUGCUGUCGGGGAGGAGGCUAUGCUGGCGUGUGCAGUGUCUGGGGUCCCCCCACCCCGAGUCAUCUGGUAUCGAGGGGGUCUGGAAAUUCUGGCCCCUGAGGCCUCCAGUGCUGAGACACUGAAGAUCCCUGUGGUUCAGGAGAGGGACACGGGCGUCUACACCUGUCGAGCUGUCAAUGAGCUGGGUGAGGCCUCCGCAGAGAUCCAGUUGGAGGUUGGACACGCGCCACGGCUGACGGAGCUGCCCCAGGAUGUCACUGUGGAGCUGGGCAAGAAGGCCUUCCUGGCUUGCCGGGCCACGGGCCGUCCACCCCCAACGGUCACCUGGCGUCGUGGAGAUGGCCAACCCAUGCGGCUGGCACAGGGCAGUAGGACCAGGCAGCGGGACUUGGGAGUGCUGCUCUUUGAAAGUGUGGCCCCUGAAGACCAAGCCUUGUAUGUCUGUGAAGCUCGAAAUGUCUUUGGGAAGGCCCAGGCCCAGACCCAGCUCAUCGUCACUGGACAUGUCCCCCCACAGAUCGCCAGUAGUGCCUCCAUUGUCCGGGUCCUGGAGGGGCAGCCUGUGUCCCUGCCCUGUGUCAUCCUGGCUGGGAGGCCCCUCCCCAAGAGGCACUGGCUCAAGGCUGGCCGGCCGCUCCCACAGGGCGGCCGGCAUUCUGUCCGGUCGGAUGGCAGCCUCCACCUGGACCAGGCAGUGGGGGAUGAUGCAGAGACCUACAGCUGUGUGGCCACCAAUGUGGCUGGCUCUCAGCACCGAGACGUGGAGCUGGUGGUCCAGGUGCCACCUAGAAUCCAUCCAACGGCCACCCACCACGUCACCAAUGAAGGGGUUCUGGCUUCACUCCCCUGCCUUGCCUCAGGAAUUCCCACCCCCUCCAUCACCUGGACCAAGGAAACCAAUUCCCUGACCUCCAGGGGCCGCUACAAUGUGAGCAAGGACGGCACCCUGGUCAUUGCCCAACCUUCCCCCGAGGAUGCAGGGGCCUAUGUGUGCACAGCCACCAACACUGUGGGCUUCUCCAGCCAGGAGAUGCGGCUUUCUGUGAACACCAAGCCCAAGAUCAAGGUGAACGGGUCACAUGAUGCAGAUGCAACUCUGAGAGUCACCGCAAAGGCUGGCGAAGAGGUGACCCUGGCCUGUGAGGCCCAGGGCUCCCCACCCCCUCUGGUCACGUGGACCAAGGACUCCCGCCCUCUGCUGCCCAUCACCAACAGGCAUGGCCUCCUCCCAUCCGGCUCCCUGUACCUGGCCCAGGCUCAGGCAGAUGACAGUGGCCACUAUGUGUGCACAGCCAGUAACCCUGCUGGGGCCACCUCCCGUCUCUAUGUACUUGGAGUGCAAGUCCCCCCUCAGGUACAGCCGGGCCCUCGGGUCCUGAAGGUGCUGGCAGGAGAAGCUCUCGAUCUGAACUGUGCAGCCACAGGUGACCCAGAGCCCCAGCUGAGCUGGUCCAAGAAUGGGAUGGCCCUGCAGGGUGGGCGGCCAGAGGGCUCUGUGUACUUCAAAGCCAUUGAGCCCUCCGACGCUGGGACAUACCGCUGUGAGGCCUCCAACAGCGCUGGGGUGGACGCCUGGGAGCUGGAGCUCAGGGUGCUGGAACCUCCGCACUGGGGGGCCGAUGAGACAAGUGGCCUGCUGGAGCGAGUGGCCGGGGAGAACGCCAGCCUGCCGUGCCCUGCCCGAGGGACACCCAAGCCACAGGUCAUGUGGCGGAAAGGCCCAUCCUUGGAGCCCCUGAGUGGCCGCCCCGGUGUGGCAGUGCUGGACGACGGGUCUCUGUUCCUGUCCUCAGUCUCGCCCAUGGACAGUGGAGACUAUGAGUGCCAGGCCACCAACGAGGUGGGCUUAGCAUCCAGGAGGACCACGCUGGUGGUCUAUGUGCCCCCCAGCAUCCGGGAGGACGGCCGCAAGGCCAACGUGUCAGGCAUGGCUGGGCAGUCUCUGAUGCUGGAGUGUGAUGCAAGUGGCUUUCCAGUCCCCGAGGUCAUGUGGUUCAAGGACGGGCAGCUGAUCCCCAAAGCAGACAGCCACCGCCUCCUGGAUGGGGCUUGGUCCCUCUACUUCCCCAGGAUCCAGGAGGGUGAUGCUGGCCUCUACUCCUGUCGGGCAGAGAACCAGGCCGGGAGCGCCCAGCGGGACUUCCAUCUCCUUGUGCUCAUUCCUCCUUCUGUGCUGGGAGCUGGCGCUGCCCAGGAGGUGCUGGGCCUGGCUGGUGCUGAUGUGGAGCUGGAGUGUCGGACCUCAGGGGUACCCACGCCCCAAGUGGAGUGGACCAAGGAUGGGCAGCCUGUCCUUCCCGGAGACCCUCACAUCCAGCUCCAGGAGGACGGCCAGGUUCUCAGAAUCUCCAGCAGUCACCUAGGGGACGAGGGGCAGUACCAGUGUGUGGCCUUCAGCCCAGCUGGCCAGCAGGCCAAGGACUUCCAGCUCCAAGUCCACUAUGGGGAGACUGAGGCCCAGAGAGGGGACAGGACCUACCCCGGGUCAUACACACCCCCCACCAUCUGGGGCUCUAAUGAGACGAGCGAGGUGACCGUCAUGGAGGGCCACGCAGCGCGAUUCCUGUGUGAGGCCCGAGGAGUGCCCACACCUGACAUCGUCUGGUUCAAGGACAGGGCCCCACUGCCCCCCAGCCCUGAGGCAGUCUACACCAGGGGCGGUAGGCAGCUGCAGCUGGCCAGGGUCCAGGGCUCCGACGCUGGCGUCUACACCUGCAAGGCCAGCAACCCUGCAGGAGUCACAGAAAAGGCCACCAGGCUGGAGGUUUAUGUCCCACCCACCAUCGAGGGCGCCGACGGAGGACCAUAUGUGGUGCAGGCCGUGGCUGGGAGGCCCAUGGCGCUGCAGUGUGUGGCCAGAGGCCGCCCGCCUCCCACCCUCUCCUGGCACCAUGAGGGGCUGACAGUGGCAGAGAGCAAUGGGACGUGGCUGGAGGCGGGUGGCUCACUGCGGCUGGAGAGCCCAGGGGAGGCGUCCCGAGGCCUGUAUGGCUGUGUGGCCAGCAGCCCCGCCGGCGAGGCUGUGCUGUGGUACAGCGUGGAUGUGCAGGUGCCCCCGCAGCUCCUGGUGGCUGAAGGCUUGGGCCAGGUGAACACCAUCGUGGGACAGUCCCUGGACCUCCCCUGCCAGGCCUCAGGCUCCCCGAUGCCCAGCAUCCAGUGGCUGCAGAAUGGCCGCCCAGCUGAGGAGCUGGCUGGGGUACAGGUACUCUCACAGGGAACAGCACUGCACAUCGACCGUGUGGAUCUGGACCAUGCGGGCCUCUUCGCCUGCCAGGCCACCAAUGAGGCAGGCACAGCCGGGGCUGAGGUGGAGGUGUUCGUGCACGAGCUCCCAUCAGUGCACAUCAUCGGGGAUGAGAACAUCACAGCCCUUUUUCUGCAACCAGUGGCCCUCCAGUGUGUAGGGGCUGGAGUGCCUCCCCCAAGCCUCCGCUGGUGGAAGGAUGGGGUGGCCCUGGCAACCUUAGGAGGGAACCUUCAGAUUGAGAAGGUGGAUCUGAGGGAUGAAGGUGUCUACACCUGUGCUGCCACCAACCUGGCUGGGGAGAGCAAAAGGGAUGUGGCGCUAAAGGUUUUGGUCCCCCCCAACAUCGAGCCAGGCCCAGUCAACAAGGCUGUGCUAGAAAAUGCCUCAGUAACCUUGGAGUGUCUGGCUUCAGGUGUGCCCACUCCUGAUGUCUCCUGGUUCAAGGGCCGCCAGCCUGUCUCUGCCUGGACAGGGUUAACAGUAUCAGCUGAUGGGAGAGUCCUCCACAUCGAGCGAGCCCGGCUUUCUGAUGCUGGGAGCUACCGCUGUGUGGCAUCCAGUGUGGCGGGCAGCACAGAGCUGCAGUAUGGCCUGCGAGUCAAUGUGCCUCCCCGGAUCGUGCUGCCUCCCAGCCUGCCAGGCCCAGUGCUGCUUGGCGCCCCCGUCAGGUUGACCUGUAACGCCACUGGUGCCCCCAGCCCCACGGUGAUGUGGCUGAAGGAUGGAAACCCUGUGUCCACUGCAGGGACCCCUGGGUUCCAGGUCUUCCCAGGGGGCCGGGUCCUCACCUUGGCCAGUGCCCGGGCCUCCGACUCCGGCAGUUAUUCCUGUGUGGCUGUGAGCGCUGUGGGUGAGGACCGCAGGGAUGUCAUCUUGCAAGUCCACAUGCCCCCCAGCAUCCUUGGAGAAGAGCUGAAUGUGUCUGUUGUGGCCAACGAGUCCGUGGCCCUGGAGUGCCAGAGCCAUGCUGUGCCACCUCCCGUGCUGAACUGGUGGAAGGAUGGGAGACCCUUGGAGCCGCGGCCCGGCAUCCAACUCUCUGCAGACAAGGCCCUGCUGGAGGUGGGCAGAGCCGAGGUGUGGGAUGCAGGCCGCUACACCUGUGAGGCUCUGAACCAGGCGGGCCGCUCUGAGAAACACUUCAACCUGAACAUCUGGGUCCCCCCAGAGUUUCCCUCCAGGGAGGUGCACAACCUGAUCGUGAGUGAGGGGCAGCCAGCCAGGCUCUCCUGUGACUGCCAGGGCGUCCCCUUUCCCAAGAUCUCCUGGAGGAAGGACGGUCAGCCCCUGCCAAGGGAUGGGGCCGGCCUGGAGUCGGUGUUGGCUGUGGGGAGAAUGCUGUACCUGGAACAAGCCUGGCCAGCCCAAGAAGGGACAUACACCUGCGAGUGCAGCAAUGUGGCAGGGACCAGCAGCCAGGACCAGCGACUGGAGGUGCAUGUUCCCCCUCAGAUUGCUGGCCCCCGGGAGCUGCACACCCAAGUCUCAGUGGUCCAGGAUGGGGAGACCACCCUGGAGUGCAAUGCCACAGGGAAGCCCCUGCCCACAGUGACAUGGGAAAAAGAUGGUCACCCCGUGGGGAUGGAGCCUGGCCUACGGCUGCAGAACCGGGACCAGAGAUUACAUGUGGAGCUGGCACAAGAGGCCCACACUGGCCACUACCGCUGUGUGGCUCAGAACAUGGCUGGGAGCACUGAGAGGAGGUUCACAAUCUCCGUGCUAGUGCCCCCCGAGCUCAUCGGGGACUCUGACCCAGUGGCCAACAUCACUGCUGCUUUGCAUGGUCCCUUGACGCUGCUCUGUGAAGCCACGGGGGUCCCAGCCCCCGUGGUCCACUGGUUUCGAGAGGAGGAGCCCAUCAGCCCUGGGGAGGACACCUACCUCUUGGCAGGUGGCUGGAUGCUGAGGAUGACCCAAGUUCAGGAGCGGGACAGAGGCCUCUACUCGUGCCUGGCCAGCAAUGAAGCUGGGGAGGCACGGAGGAACUUCAGCGUGGAGGUCCUGGUUCCUCCCAGUAUUGACAGCGAGGACCUGGAGGAGAUGAUCAAGGUCUCCGAGGGGCAGACUGCCCAGCUGACAUGCAAUGCCACAGGCCACCCACCACCCAAGGUCACAUGGUUCAAAGAUGGCCGGCCCCUGACUGGCGGAGACGUCCAUCACAUCUCCCCAGAUGGAGCCCUCCUGGAGAUCCUGCAGGCCAACCUGUCCAGUGCCGGCCACUACUCCUGCAUUGCGGCCAAUGCUGUGGGGGAAAAGACCAAGCACACGAAGCUCAGCGUCCUGGUGGUUCCCACCAUCCUGGGAGUGACCGAGGACAGUGCCGACGAAGAGGUGACUGUGACCGUUAACAACCCUAUCUCUCUGAUCUGUGAGGCGCUGGCCUUCCCUUCCCCCAACAUCACCUGGAUGAAGGAUGGGGUUCCUUUUGAAGCCUCCAAAAACAUCCAGCUGCUCCCAGGUACUCAUGGGCUGCAGAUCCUGACUGCCCAGAAGGAGGAUGCCGGCCAGUACACCUGUGUGGUCACCAAUGAGCUAGGGGAGGCCAUGAAGAAUUACCACGUGGAGGUCCUCAUUCCCCCUUCAAUCUCCAAAGACGACCCCUCCGGAGAGGCUGGCAUGAAGGAAGUGAAGACGAAAGUCAAUAGCACCUUGACCCUGGAGUGUGAGUGCGGGGCUGUGCCUCCGCCCACCAUCAGCUGGUACAAGGACGGCCGGCCCGUGACCCCCAACCAGCAUCUCCACAUCCUAGGGGAGGGGCGGCUGCUCCAGAUCCAGCCCACACAGGUCUCAGACUCUGGGCGAUAUCUGUGUGUGGCCACUAAUGUGGCCGGAGAGGAUGACCAGGACUUCAACGUGCUCAUCCAGGUGCCCCCCAUGUUCCAGAAGACGGGUGAGGCCGAUGCAGCCUUUGAGAUCCUGUCCCACGAGGAGGAGGCCCGGGGUGGGGUGACAGAAUAUCAGGAAAUCGUGGAGAACAACCCAGCCUAUCUGUACUGCGACACCAAUGCGGUCCCACCACCAGAGCUCACCUGGUACAGGGAGGGUCAGCCCCUCUCAGCCACGGAUGGGGUCUCUGUGCUGCAAGGAGGCCGGGUUCUGCAGAUCCCCCUAGUGCGGGCAGAGGACACUGGGAGGUACUCGUGCAAGGCCUCCAAUGAGGUGGGAGAGGACUGGAUGCACUACGAGCUGCUGGUGCUGACCCCACCUGUGAUCCUGGGUGACGCUGAGGAGCUGGUGGAGGAGGUGACCGUCAACGCCAACAGCACUGUCAGCCUGCAGUGCCCAGCCCUGGGCAACCCAGCACCCACCCUCUCAUGGCUUCAGAAUGGGCUGCCUUUCUCCCCGAGCCCACGGCUGCAAGUCCUGGAGGAAGGACACAUUUUGAAGGUUUCCACCGCAGAGGUGUCUGAUGCUGCCAGCUACAUGUGUGUGGCUGAGAACCAGGCAGGCUCUGCAGAGAAACUCUUUACCCUAAGGGUCCAAGUCCCACCACGAAUCAUAGGCCAGAACUCUGAGCAGGUCACCACCAUCCUCAAUAGCAGUGUUACUCUCACCUGUGAAGUCCACGCUCACCCGAGCCCUGAGGUCACCUGGUACAAGGAUGGCCAGGUUCUCUCCCUAGGCAAAGAGAUUUUCCUCCUGCCUGGCACACAGACACUGCAGCUGGCCCGAGCCCAGCUGGCUGACGCUGGGACUUACCUGUGCGAAGCUCUCAGCGCUGCUGGCCGGGACCAGAAAGUGGUGCAGCUCAGCGUGCUAGUCCCCCCCAGUUUCAGGCAGGCUCCUGGCAGCUCUCAAGAGGCCAUCCUGGUGCCGGCAGGGGACAAGGCUGUCCUGAGCUGUGAGACAGAUGCAUAUCCUGAGCCGACUGUGACCUGGUACAAGGACCAGCAGCCCCUGGCCCUGGUGCAGCGGAUGCAAGUUCUUCAGGGGGGACAGAGGCUGGAGAUCCUGGCCUCCCAGGUUGCAGAUAAAGGUGUGUACAGAUGUAAAGUCAGCAAUGUCGCAGGGGAGACCACACGGACCUUCGUCCUCACCGUUCAGGUGCCCCCAACAUUUGAGAAACCCAAGACGGAGACAGUGAGCCAGGUGGCUGGGAGCCCACUUGUCCUGGUCUGUGAUGUGUUCGGGGUCCCUGCGCCCACUGUUACUUGGCUGAAGAACAGAAUGCCAGUGGAAAGCAGCGUGGUGCGCGGUGUGGUCUCCGGGGGCCGCCUCCAGCUGAGUCGCCUGGAGCCAGGCCAGGCUGGCACCUACACGUGUGUGGCUGAGAACGCCCAGGCUGAGGCCCGCAAGGACUUCAUAGUGGCCGUUCUAGUGCCUCCCCAGAUCCAGAGCUCGGGCAUCGCGCAGGAGCACAGUGUACAGGAAGGACAGGAGGUGCGGCUGGACUGUGAGGCCGAGGGGCAGCCACCACCGGAUGUGACCUGGCUGAAGGAUGGUGGCCCACUGGGCCAGGGCGUGGGCCCCCACCUCCGGUUCUACCUGGACAGCAGCUCACUAGUGCUGAAGGGCCUGAGAGCCUCAGACUCAGGUGCCUACACCUGUGUGGCCCACAACCCGGCUGGGGAGGACGCCAGGCUACACACCGUGAACGUGCUGGUUCCCCCCACCAUUGGGCAGGCUGGCACAGGGACCCUGGUGAGCAGGCCUGGGGAGCUGGUGACCAUGGCGUGCCCCACGCGGGGCUCCCCACCCAUCCACGUGAGCUGGCUCAAGGACGGCCUGCCCCUUCCUCUGUCCCAGCGCACACACCUCCACAGCUCUGGCCGCAUCCUCAGGAUUUCCCAAGUGCAAGUAACAGACUCAGGCAUGUUCACCUGUGUGGCUGCCAGCCCAGCGGGUGUGACAGACAGGAACUUCACCUUGCAGGUGCUCGUGCGCCCUGUCCUGGAGCCAGAAGAGUUCCAGAACGACAAUGUGGUGGUCCGUGGCUCCUCGGUGACGCUGCCAUGCGAGGCCAGGGGCAGCCCCCUACCCCUUGUGUCAUGGAUGAAGGAUGGGGAGCCCUUGCUUCCCCAGAGCCUCGAGCAGGGGCCCGGCUUGCAUCUGGAGUCAGUGGGAGCGGGUGACUCAGGGACCUACUCGUGCGUGGCAGUGAGCGAGGCAGGAGAGGCGAGGAGGCAUUUCCGGCUGACCGUGAUGGAUCCCCCCCACAUCAAGGAUUCAGGCCAGCCUGCAGAGCUGUCGCUGACGCCUGGUGCCCCCAUGGAGCUCCUGUGUGAUGCCCGGGGUGUCCCUUCUCCCAACAUCACCUGGUAUAAGGACGGACAGGCCUUGAGCAGGCCAGAGAACGGCAGCCCAGCCAGGCAGAGGCUCCAGGUGGAAGCUGUGCAGGUGGGUGAUGCUGGACUGUACACCUGCCUGGCUGAGAACCCUGCAGGUGAAGUUGAGAAGAGCUUCCGGGUCAAGGUUCAAGCCCCUCCAAAUGUGGUUGGUCCCCGGGGCCCCCGCUCUGUGGUUGGUCUGGCCCCGGGGCAGCUGGUCCUGGAGUGCUCAGUGGAUGCAGAACCAGCACCCGAGAUCGAGUGGCACCGGGAUGGCAUCCUGCUGCAGGCCGAUGCCCACACCCAGUUCCCGGAGCAGGGCAGGUUCCUCCAGCUGCAGGCCCUGAGCACAGAUGACGGCGGGAACUACAGCUGCACAGCCCGCAAUGCAGCGGGCAGCACCAGUGUGGCCUUCCAUGUGGAGAUCCACAAGGUGCCCACCAUCCAUCCAGGACCAGCUGCUGUGAAUGCCUCGGUGAAUCAGACAGCCCUGCUGCCCUGCUGGGCUGAUGGUGUGCCGGCGCCCCUCCUGAGCUGGCGGAAGGAUGGGACCCCUCUGGAUCCUGGGAACCCCAGGCUGGAGGUUCUGCCCGAGGGUUCCCUGAGGAUCCAGCCAGUCCUUGCUCAGGAUGCCGGUCACUACCUCUGCCUGGCGUCCAACUCUGCUGGCUCCGACCGGCAAGGCCAUGACCUCCGGGUCUUCGAACCUCCAGCCAUUGCCCCCGGCCCCUCCAACCUGACCCUGACGGCCCACAGCCCAGCCUCGCUGCCAUGUGAGGCCAGAGGCUCCCCCAAGCCCCUGGUGGUCUGGUGGAAGGAUGGACAGAAGCUGGACCUCCACCUACAGCAGAGCGCCUACCAGCUCCUGCUCUCCAACGCCCUGCUCCUCGCAGCCCCCAGCCCACAGGACUCAGCCCAGUUUGAAUGUGUGGUGAGCAAUGAGGUGGGCGAGGCCCGCAGGCUCUACCAGGUGACCGUCCACGUGCCUCCUACCAUUGCGGAUGACCAGACGGACUUCACCGUGACCAGAAUGGCGCCAGUGGUCCUCACAUGCCACAGUACAGGUGUACCAGCCCCAGCUGUGUUCUGGAGCAAGGGAGGCACCCAGCUCGGGGAGAGGGGCAGUGGCUAUCGUGUCUUGCCUUCAGGUGCCCUGGAGAUCGGGCAGGCCCUCCCCAUCCAUGCCGGACGCUACACCUGCACAGCUCGCAACCUUGCUGGCAUAGCCCGAAAGCAUAUGGUCCUCACAGUGCAAGCCUCCCCUGUGGUGAAGCCGCUACUCAGCGUGGUUCGGGUGGUCGUGGCAGAUGAGGUGCUGCUGCCCUGUGAGGCCCUGGGUGUCCCCCGACCGACAAUCACCUGGCAGAAGGAGGGGCUCAGCAUCCAUUCAGGAGCCCGUACCCAGGUCCAACCCAGUGGACAGCUGCGGAUUGUGCGCGCCAGCCCAGAGGAUACCGGGAACUACCUCUGCAUCGCCCAGAACAGCGCAGGCAGUGCCAUGGGGAAGACGAGGCUGGUGGUGCAAGUCCCUCCCAUGAUCGAGAGCGGCCUCCCGGACCUGUCCACCACCGAAGGCUCCCACGCCCUCUUGCCCUGCACGGCCAGGGGCAGUCCUGAGCCUGUCAUCACCUGGGAAAAGGAUGGUCAGCCCGUGUCUGGGAACGAGGGCAAGUUCACCAUCCAGCCAUCCGGGGAGCUGCUGGUGAAGAACUCAGAGGGCCAGGACGCUGGUACCUACACCUGCACUGCCGAGAACGCCGUGGGCAGGGCCCGCCGCCGUGUGCACCUCACCAUCCUGGCACUGCCUGUCUUCACCACCCUGCCUGGAGACCGCAGCCUGCACCUGGGUGACAGGCUGUGGCUUCGCUGUGCAGCCCAGGGAAGCCCAACACCCCGGAUUGGCUGGACCCUCAAUGACCAACCAGUUACAGAUGGGGUGUCCGAGCAGGACGGAGGCAGCAUACUGCAGCGAACAGCUGUCACCAGACAGGACAGUGGGACCUACGUGUGCUGGGCUGAGAACAGAGUGGGCCGUGUGCAGACAGUCAGCUUCGUCCACGUAAAGGAGGCUCCUGUCCUACACGGAGAGGCCUUCUCCUACCUGGUGCAACCAGUAGGGGCCAGCAUCCGGCUAGACUGUGUGGUCCAUGGAGACCCAACACCCAACAUCCACUGGACCAAAGAUGGCCUCCCACUGCCUGCCAGCCGUCUCCGUCUCCUGCUGCACAAUGGUUCUCUGAUCAUCCUCAGGACAGAGAUGGAUGAUGCCGGACAGUACCAGUGCCUGGCUGAGAACGAGAUGGGUGCUGCAAAGAAGGUGGUGACCAUCGUGCUUCAGAGUGCCCCCGUGUUCCAAGUGGAGCCCCAGGACGUGACAGUGAGAUCCGGGGAGGAUGUGGCACUGCGGUGCCAGGCCACUGGAGAGCCAGAACCCACCAUCGAGUGGCUGCGAGCAGGUCAACCCUUGCGGGCCAGCCGGCGGCUCCGGACCCUGCCGGAUGGGAGCCUGUGGCUGGAGCGUGCAGAGGCUGGGGAUGCUGGAGCUUACGAGUGUGUUGCUCACAACCUCUUGGGCUCUGCCACAGCCCAGGCGUUCCUGGCCGUGAGAGGGGAGCCCCGGGGAAGCUGGGGCAGCAUGACUGGGGUGAUCAAUGGCCAGGAAUUUGGUGUGGCUAUUCUCAACACCAGUGUACAACAGGAGGCACGCUCCAGGGUUACCACCAUCAGGAGCAUCAUCAGCCAUGUCCCGGCAAAUGUGG